AAAUGCCCCAACCCGGCGUGCGAGAACAUGAACUUCUCGUGGCGGAACGAGUGCAACCAGUGCAAGGCGCCCAAGCCCGAGGGGGGGCCCGGGGGGCCUCACCUGGCCGGGGGCGGGGCCGGCAAGUACCCCGGGGGGGGCGGCGGCCGCGGAGGAGGAGGAGGAGGAGGAGGAAACCACAUGGGUGGAGGGUUCGAGGAGUCGGCCGCGGCGGCCGCGGGGGCUUUGACCGACCGGGGCGCGGCGGCAUCGGCGGCUUCAGGGGCGGCCGAGGGGGCGACCGGGGCGGCUUCGGGCCCGGCAAGAUGGACAGCAGGGGCGACCACCGGCAGGACCGACGCGAGCGGCCGUACUGAGCCCCUCCCCCACCGCCCCUCCCCCACCCCCCGUUUUGUAUUUGCCGCCCCUCCCCACCCCCCCCCGCGCCCCUCCCCCCGCGGGCUCCUCCCCCCCGCUUUUAACCCGCC